UUAGCCUCAUGAGCUUACCCCAACUCUUCGCACCUCUUAUCACCCGGGAACGUGGAACUCGGUAGACAAGCCCGCCUGCCAGCGGUGAUUGACCGAUGCUGCGAGCCAGCACGGUACCUGCAUGCUUAGCGAACUGCUAGUUGCAUAGGGAAGGGGAGCACGCGACAGUCGGUCUGCGCGGCAUCGGCGAGACGCGCUGCCCACAGCGUUUAAGAGGCACCAUGGCCCUCCUGCAGCUCUGCCUCCAUCGUCAAUUGACUUCUUGAUCGUUGCCAUUGAGCCAAGAUGAAGGUCGCCACCACUCUCGCGGCAGCGUUGUCGCUCGCUCCCACCGCAACGGCCCUCAACAUCCUCAUGAACAAUGACGAUGGCUUCGGGUCUGGCAACCUCCGCGAGCUGUACAAGCUGCUCAAGGCUGCGGGCCACGACGUUCUCAUCGUCGCGCCUGCAACCCAGCAGUCUGGUCAGGGCGGCCGCUCUGACUUCUCCACAUAUGCCAACCUCACCUCCCCCGCGCAGUACGACAUCGUGCCCGCUGGGGCGCCCGCUGUGGGAACGGAUCCCAACGACAGCAGCAUCUGGUACUACAACGGCACCCCUGCGGCAUGCACGUUUGUAGCCCUGGACUACGUGCUCCCUCGAUACUACCCAGGAUGGACUCCCGAUCUGGCACUCGCGGGGCCUAACUAUGGCACCAACCUCGGGCCCUUCGUGUACAGCCUGAGCGGCACACUUGGUGCCACGUACGCCGCUGUCUCGCGCUCCAUCCCCGCAAUCGCUCUGAGUGCCAGCAACUCUGCUGUGGCUUACUUCAACGUGACCAACGCCACGCACCCGGCUGCCCUCGCAGCGAAAGCCUCCUAUGCCGUGGUGGAGCAGUUUAUCAACGCGACUACCGAAGGCUCCGCCGUCCUGCCCCUCGGCUACGGCAUCAACGUCAACAUUCCCGAGCUGUCUGACGACACCCUCCCGCCGGUCGUCAAGUCCCGCCUCACGGGCGAGGCCGAGACCGACGUCGCCGUGUAUGACGAGGAUAAGAAGACGUUCACCUGGGGCAAUGUGCGGCCGCUUGCUGCUGGCGUGAACGCGUGCUACAACGGGGACUGCAGUCUCCCUGGCGAGACAUAUGUCGUUGCAAACGGCGGCAUCAGUGUCAGUGUGUUUACGAUCGAUUACGAUGCGCCGAGUGUGCCGUAUACGGAGAUGGUCUUUGCAAAGGUGGAGAGCUUGUUCAGUGCCGGUAGUGGGAGGAAUGACACGGAGGGUUAUCAGACCAAGCCGGCUCAGAAGAAGAGGAUGAUGACAGGGAGGGACGUUUAUCGUAUGUAAAAGCUAAGCAUGGACAUGUGUGGAGCUCAAAAGUUACACGACCAUGAAGCCACGAAGCCGUUCAAGUCUUCUAUCAUUCACCUCCC